AUGGAGACGGAAUAUGCUGAAUUAGUUGGUGAAGGCGUAGUUGAUGAGAGGGAAGCGGAGGCGGCAGCGGAGGCGGAAGUGGCAGCGGCAGCAGCAUCGUCAGCGGAAGUGGAAGUGGAAGUGGAAGCUGAGUCGGCUGUGCAAGUGUCAGGUGAAUCAUUGGGGCAAGUUGAAUGGGAAGCAGAAAGUGAAGCGGCAGCACAGGUUGAGUGGGAAGGUGUGUCUGUCAUCGCGCCAGUGGGAUUCGAGUCUGAGGCGCUUUCAGAGACUGCAGGGGAAGGCGAAUCUGAGCGAUUGGCUGAGCGUGUGAGUGAGAUGGAGACGGAAUAUGCUGAAUUAGUUGGUGAAGGCGUAGUUGAUGAGAGGGAAGCGGAGGCGGCAGCGGAGGCGGAAGUGGCAGCGGCAGCAGCAUCGUCAGCGGAAGUGGAAGUGGAAGUGGAAGCUGAGGCGGCUGUGCAAGUGUCAGGUGAAUCAUUGGGGCAAGUUGAAUGGGAAGCAGAAAGUGAAGCGGCAGCACAGGUUGAGUGGGAAG